GACUCGUUUUUGCAGGGAUGUCUGUCAGCGUCCACCCUAGAGGUGAAUCUAGUGGCGGCAUGUCUGCCCACCUCCAGUGUUCCCACUGUGGCCAUUUGUCAAGAAGCCACGCUCAGCAUCUGACCCAUUUAGCGGCGUCUCACCCCACCUGCCUGGACGGUGUGGCUAUGGGUCGACUUGGCACCGUCCUGAUGUACCAGAGCAGUGGGCGGCUGUACCACUGCUCCAUCUGCUUCUACACCAGCCGAGACUUCAGCAAACUCUACAAGCACAUCGUCACCAAACACUGCAUGGACAAGAAAGAGGAGGCAGGAGCAGAGGGCAGGGAGGAGGGAAGUGAGAAAGGUGAUGAGGAGGAGGAAGUGAAGAAUACUCCUGAUAAAAGCAAUGAGGAGGCAGUCAUUGAGGAGGUGAAGGAUGCUCCUGAUAAAAGCAGUGAUUGUGAGGAGGCAGUCAUUGAGGAGGUGAAGGAUGCUCCUGAUAAAAAAAGCAGUGAUGCUGAGGCAGACGACGAGAGUCUAAAUGAUGCUCCUAAACGAAAGAGAAGCAGGGAUGAAGAAGAGGAGGAGGUGAAGCAAAGUGAGGAGACCGAGUCAGUCAAACCCAAAGUCGAUGAAAAACAAAAUGUCCUGACGUUUGACGGCGUUACUUAUUGCUGCCUGAUCUGUGGCUGGAGGACCAAACAGAAAGCAGUUUCUGUCAGCCACUUGGUGCGCAAACAUGACCUCCACAAAAUGUACGCUGCACAAGUCAUCAGACGGGAUGUCACCUCCAUGAGUCAGGGUCCAGGAGGCAGGGUGGAGGAGGAGGGGCCCGGCCUGAGCAAGGAGUUGCUGAAGGAGGAGAUAGAAGCAACAGCUAAGGUGGUGAGCUACGUCAGCAGCCGCUUUGUUUGCCUCAUCUGUGGCUGGAAAACCAAGAUUAAAGGUUUCGCCCUCAGUCAUGUGGUGCGCCGCCAUGACGUAAAGUGCCCGUACGUCUGUAAGGAGUGCAAUCGUAGAUUCUUCCUCCCCAGCCAGCUGCAGCACCACAUCAGGGCCACUCACCGACCCGGAUGCUACGCCUGCCCCUUCUGCUGGUUCCGCUCCAAGUACCUGGGAGGCUUCACGAGGCACUGCAGGCGCUGCAGCGCCCGGGAGGAGGAGGGAGGCGAGGGCGCGGGAGGAGGAGAAGAGGAGGACGACAACGAGGAUGAGGAGGAGUCUGAGGAGAAGACGGCCUGGAAACCAGAGAACUCUGAGAGGUCCAUCAAAGAGGAGCAGGAGGAUGAGAUUGAUGACUAGAAGGACUUUAGGCUUAGAGCAGGGGUGGGCAAUCCUGGUCCUCGAGGGGCACAGCCCUGCUUGUUUUUUUUUGUUUGUUUUUUUUUUACAAAGUGCAAGUUUCAGGACGGAUUCUAGUAUUAAACCCACUGAAUUUUUCUUUUUAUUAAACCCAAACUUGGAAAACAAACCUGCUGAUAACAGAGCAUCCAGCAUCCACCACAGAAAGUCUUUAUAUUGAGUGAAAUCACAAAUCAAGCUGGAAACACCUUAAAGUUUUUCUGAGCCAUCACACAGGCUGCUCAUAUGGAUCAGGAUAGAAAUAAAUAAAUCAAUAUUCAAUGCAUUGGGGGUUCUGCUGUUUUUGUUUGCUGGAACCUGUGAGACAAAAUAAAUCUAACUAUCAGAAACUAACAUCACAGAAACUUUGUUUCUUCAGAUUUAAAUCUGUGAUGUUCCAGCUUUAUCCAGCAGGAGGCAGAUCACUGAGGAACAUCUCUGCUUUUACUUCAACACCAUCAAAUCUGACAGUAAAGAAUCAAACGCAGAACAUCUGAAGCAUUUUAGGUUCCAAAGUGUGAGAAUUUGAAUCUUCAUGAAUUUCUUUGUGGUUUAACACUCUUGAGUUAUAUUAAAUGCCAUUCCUGUCUGAUUAUUAA